UUGAUAAGCGGUCACAUUUUGAAUUGCUCAAAACACUUUUUGAAUACAUAAAAUUAAAAUUUAAUUUAUUUUAAUAUGUCUAAAGUUAAAUUAAAUCUUAUUGCUGCGGCGUGUGAAAACAUGGGGAUCGGUAUUAAUGGAUCACUUCCUUGGAGAUUAAAGAACGAAAUGCUUUAUUUUACAAAUAUGACAACAAAAGUGAAAGAUUCAACGAAAAUAAAUGCAGUAAUAAUGGGACGAAAGACUUGGGACUCUAUACCGACAAAGUAUCGUCCACUGAAUAAUAGAAUCAAUAUUGUUUUAACUCGUCAAGUGGAUACUGUGAAGAAAGAUACACCAGAUGAUGUUAUAGUUCUGCCGGGGCUGGAUGAAGCUAUCAGCUACAUCAACGGUCGAGAGGAUAUCGAAUCAUCAUGGGUUAUAGGAGGAUCAUUUAUAUAUAAAGCGGCAAUGGAACAUCCAAACUGCGAUAAAAUCUACUUAACGGAGAUCCAAAAGAACUUCGAAUGUGAUACAUUUUUCCCCACCAUUGAUAGACAGCAGUUUCACUUAGUGGAUGAAGAGGGGGUUCCGAAGGAUAGACAAAAAGAGGGGAAUAUAGAUUACUAUUUCAGAGUGUAUAAACGGCUUUAGAGAAAGUAUCUGACUUGUGUAACCCUGGUUUAAUGGUAUAUUGUUCACCUAUAAUAUAACUUCACUAAUGUAUUUAUGUGAUCUAAAUACGAAUAGGGACCACAUUUCGCGAUAGUGUGACGUUAUAGGUAUUCAUAAAAACUGGAUAGGUUUGUUUUUUUUUAUAGAAUAGGAAGGCGGACGAGCAUAUGGGUCACCUGAUGGUAAGUGGUCACCAACGCCCAUAGACAGUGGCAUUGAAAGAAAUGUUAACCAUCACUUACAUCACCAAUGCGCCACCAACCUUGGGAACUAAGAUGUUAUGUCCCUUGUACCCUCCCUAUACUUACACUGGUAACUGUAAGGUAAGCAAAACAAAUAUUAUUUUUCUGAGAAAAUAACCAUAAAUGAAAAAGUAUUAUUCAGGAUUACAGGAGGCUAACCUGAAAUGUGUAUUCCGCUGCCCAUGGACAUCUCUAACGCCUGGUGGUUUGUAGAGGCAUUGCCGGCCUUUAAGCAAGGUGGUAGAGCUUUGUGCAAGCUCGUCUAGGUAGGUACCACCCACUCAUCAGAUAUUCUACCGCAAAACAGCAGUACUUGGUAUUGUUGUGUUCCGGUUUGAAGGGUGAGUGAGCCAGUGUAAUUACAGGCACAAGGGACAUAAAAUCUUAGUUCCCAAGGUU